AUGGAGGUCGACUCGAAGUUGCCCCAACCGAUUGGUGCCACACCACCCACCAAGUCCUACCGCAAGCACAAGAAGGCCCUUCGACACCUGAUCGCCACAGCUCUCCUUGCCCUGGUCCUGCUCGUCUACCCGCGCGAGAGCUUCGACUAUGCCUCCGACAUCGCUACGGGCGCCUGGCGUUGGCCUUGGACCCCCCGCCCUGUCAAGACCAACGUCAUCCUCCUGAUCAGCGACGGCUACGGCCCUGCCUCGGUCACUUUCACACGUCACUUUGCACAGGCGCUCAACAACGAUACCGACUACAACAGCCACUUCCAGCUUCCGCUCGAUACGAUCCUAGUCGGCACGCAUCGAUCCAGAUCAUCGUCCUCGCUCAUUACCGACUCGGCUGCUGGCGCCACCGCCUUUUCGUGUGCCAAAAAGUCGUACAACGGUGCGAUCGGCGUCACGCCCGAUGCAAAGUCCUGCGGUACCGUGUUUGAAGCUGCGAAACGCAAGGGGCUCUUGACCGGUGUGGUGGUCACAUCGCGUCUGACAGAUGCCACGCCCGCUGCGUUCAUCUCUCAUGCAGCCUCGCGCGCUGAGGAGCCUCUGAUUGCCUCGCAGAUGAUCGGUGGCGACAAGAAUCCCUUGGGCGAACGCACGCUCGACCUUGCGAUUGGCGGUGGAGGAUGUGCUUUCUUGCCCCAAUCGAGCCUCGUCUCUUGCCGGCAGGACGACGAAGAUACUGUAGAGUACGCCAAGCAGCUCGGCUGGGACGUCCGUCUGGCGUUCCCCUCCAACACCUCGUCCGACCACCUCUACUCGGAGCUACUCCGCGGCGCCGACCUCUUCGGCUCCGACCCUCAACUCCCCUUCAUGGCCCUACUCUCGCCAAGCAACACACCUUACGAGAUCGACCGAGUAAACAUCCCCGCACCUCUCCCACUCAAGCCGCAGUCACACUACGCUCAAAAGGCGCUCGACCUGCUCAGCGGCUCCAAGCAGAACGACAAGGGGUUCAUCCUCAUGAUCGAGGGCUCCCAGAUCGAUCUGUGUGCGCACAACAACGAUCCCGCUUGCCAUGCACGCGAGGCGCUCGCAUACCACGACACCAUCGCCCUCGUCAAGCAAUGGGUCGACCAGCACACGUCGAAGACGGAGAGGUCGCUGCUCAUCUCCACGUCGGACCACGAGACGGGCGGGCUGACGUUGGGAAGGCAGCUCAGUGCGGACUAUCCGAACUACGCGUAUUAUCCGGAGCGGCUGCUCAACGCCAAGCACUCGACGCCGAUCCUAACGGCGGUUCUGAUCGACUUUGUGCUUUCGGAGAAGAUGCGAGCUCGCGGGAGGGGCGAGGGGAAGGUAAGCGAGAGCCUUGUGCGUGACUUUAUUAGGGAGAAGAUUUUGGGUGAAUCUGGGCUUGGGUUCAGCGGGGAGCGACAGGGUGGGGAGGUGACCGAUGGCGAGGUCGAUGCGGUGUGGCGGGUGGUCAAGGAGGAGCUCGUCAAGCCCAACACGCGCGAGCGAGAUCAGCAGCUCGCGGCCGCUUCGAGAUUUCUCCGACACACGCACACGACGCAUCACGGCGAGACUGCGCUCGAGGCGUCCAACCUGUUGGGACCUGUACCAGGUGUCAAUCUGGACGGCAUCCGUCGCGUGAUCUCCGACAUCGCUGCACGAAGGGCUGAGAUCGGCUUCUCGACAAGCGGCCAUACGGGUAUCGACAUCAAUGUGUACGCCUAUGGUGCCGAGGUGCACAGACUCUUGGGCAAUCAGGACAACACCAAUAUCGGUGAAGUCAUCAAGGACGUGCUCCAGCUUGACCUUGAUGCUGUCACCAAAGACCUCAACAAGCGGGAAGAGUAG